AUGUCCACUUCAACUGCCCUGCCACCACGCACGAUCGUCAUCCCCGGUCAACCUUUGACCCCUUCCGGAGCUGUUACUGCCACAUACCAAGCUGGACCGGGGACGUACACGAGAGGAGGCCAGAUCUACGCCGGUCUCAAAGGGGAGCUGGUCAAAGCGGCUGGGGUCAGUCGAUUACCUGGGUGAUGAUCAGGGAGCUGAAGAUGUACUGACUACAUUUUCUUUGCAGAUCAUCUCAGUGUUGGGCAAGGACGAUGCACAAGCGAUCCCGGAACCCAACUCGAUCGUCAGUCGCAACAGAUCUGCUCGGAUGUCGCGCUUUGGCUUAUCUGACGCAGCGAACAACUUGAAAUAGGUUAUUGGAACUGUGACGCGGAUAACACGCUUGUCGGCAACGUUGUCCUUGCUGACCGUCAAUGGCAAGCCGUGUCGACCGGAUUUCGUCGGCAUCAUCCGCGCACCGGAUGUGAGACAGACAGCAAAGGAUUCGGUCAAGGUGCGAUCCCAUCUAUCAACCUCAAGGUGACCAACGCUUACCCAUCUUUGCAACACAGAUCUGGUCCUGCUUCCGGCCCGGCGACGUCGUUCGAGCCAAAGUCGUACGUCCUCGCGCGUCUCCAUUCAAUCCCUCCCCGUCCGCUCCGAGCACUCAUAAUCGGCUCUUGAGACGAUCCCCACAGAUCUCCCUCGGUGACUCUCGAUCCUACUUCCUCUCCACGGCCGCCAACUCUCUCGGCGUCUUGUUCGCCGUCUCCCACGAGACCGGUAAAACCUUGGUCGCGGUAGGGUGGGACGAAAUGGAAGAUCCUUCGACGGGCGUCCGGGAGGGGAGGAAAGUCGCCGGACCGGAAUGA